GGUGCUGAAUAAUAACCUCAGAUAUGUACCCAGCUCCGAUGACGGCAAAUUCAAUUCAGGUUGAUACCAGCAUGACUGCACAUCCAAGAAGAAAAUAAACCCUUUUUCAUGUAUGCGCAACGUCCCGCUUACAGCUAAUUUCGAUGAGCCACGAUGACAGGGAUUUUAUAUCCCUUUUGUCUCUUGCAUGUAUGCCUUGUCAUACCGGGGUGUAGAGUCGGGCCAGACCGAAUGCAGGGAAAUCGGAGCUCGGAUUAUCCAGAAACGGCCCGCAACGUGCUCAUGAAUCCUAGAGCCAUCCACUCAACAAUGAUUGUAAGUCACAUCCACUUGAGUCGAUCAAUGAGGAUAUCGGGCUUUUAUGGACGGUUAAUAUCUUGCAAAACGGUUGUCGAUGCUUGCACACCAGAAUCCCAGCUCCAGUCAGGGGACGCAAAACAUGAUGGCAUUAGGAAGCAACAUCUUCAUUCUGCGUACUCUUCGAAAGCCAUAUUCGACGAAGGAAAUAUGCCGUCCAUCUCAAGAAAGUCCGAUCGAUGAAAUGAGGAGCUGUUUUUGAUCACGAUGAACCGUACCGUUCUCAUUACCCCCCAACUGAUCGCCUGCACCUAACUUGGUAGGUAGUGGUAGGUAAGGUGCCCACCUCUAGGCCCUGGCCCCGAAAUUCUGCCAGUCACACCGCCUAAUUAUCCCCCAAAGCCACCUCGAGCUUGUGUUAAUCCCCUGCUCCCUUGGACGAAAACA